UCGUGCUUCUUGGGAACAGCCAAGUGACUUCAAGCCUGAGAGCAGAUGAGCAAUCUCCAGACACAGGCAGUGAAGAAAAAGUCCCAGUGGCACAGGAAGCUGCUGGUUCCUGGUGCAUAAGCAGGGGAGGCUGGGGCUGCUGCUGUGCUCAGCAAGUCACUAGUCCGUCCCCAGCCGGCACACCUGCCACCCCAGCAUAGAUGGAUCUCCUGGGUCUCCUCUCCCUAAUCCUCUUGCUGAUUCUCUCCCUGACUUUGCAGCUGACCUGUCAAACAGGUGAGAAAUGCCAACAAACCCUGGGGCAACUGGGAAACAACGUGUUGCUGCCUCUGGCAUCUGAAGGAACCAGCAGAAGUGUGAACUCGAGCAUGUACAUCCUUGUCACCAGGGACAAGUUUCUGGGAGAUAGCCAAAAGAUGAAGAUCUUGUCUUUCCACCUGCCAGCAGAGAGUAACUCCCUAUUCCUGGAGAGGGGCUAUAAGUUUCAUCUUGAGUCCCUGAAACUGGAGAUCUUGCAGAGCACAAGGGAGCACGAGGGCCAGUAUUUCAUAACGAUGGAGGAGAAUGUGACUGUCCAGCAAUUCUGCCUGAAGCUCAAGCUCUAUGAGCCAGUCUCCACUCCGGAAAUCCAGGUGCUGAACCUCACCCAGAAGGAAAACUGCAGCAUGAUGCUCAACUGCCUGGUGCACAAGGGGGACCAAGUGACCAUCAACUGGAGCAUAGUACCAGCUGAGCCCUCUCUGAGCUCUGUCAAUGGUUCCCAGCUCCUGCACCUCAUCCUGGGCCCAAAGCACACAAACCACAUCUUCAUCUGCAAUGCCAGCAACCCUAUCAGCCAGGACUUCCAGACCUUCCUCCCAGCAACACACUGCUUUCUGCAAUCAGGUCCUGUGCCAUGGAGACUAUAUCUAGGGCUGUUCUUUGGAUGUUUACCCUUUGUCAUCAUUAUUCUAAAUGUGGUGGUACUACUGUUGAGAAGAAAAGGUGAAGCAGAUCACUACCAUUCAAACCAGGACUCAAAAAACCUGACUAUCUAUUCCCAAGUCCAGAAGGCAGGGUCUACGCCAAGUAAAGUGGACCCCAUGCCUGCCCAGGACCCCUGCACUACCAUUUAUGUUGCAGCCAUGGAACCACUCCAAGAGCCAGCCCAUAUGACAGAACUCUGUGACUCUGGGGGGAACAGUAGAAGAGGGGAGGGUGGCACCUGUGAGGAGUGGAAAUAAAGCAGAGGCCAGAGGGGGUAAAUGGGUCCAGCAAGCCUGCACUGGGAACAUCUGGGGUGCAGAGCUUUGGGAGAACCCCUUCAGGCUAGCUACAUAGGUCAUGAAAACAAAGGGUUUUCCCUAGAAGACAGGGAGGAGCACAGAGGAUGUGAGGACAUCUCGCAUUGCUCCUGGUCACGGGGACAGGCCCUCCAUCUCUGAUGGUACAGAGUGCUUGUAGGGAGUGCUGUGUGCACUGCUGACAGCAGUGAAGAGAGUGCCCCUGACCAGCAGUGACAUUAUGUGACUCCUCUACCUUUUUCCGCAGUGGUUUUUAUCUACAUCUGUUCAACUAGUGCCAGACCCAUGCCUGGCUUAGAAACCCAGUUCCAUCAGUCUACCAAGGCCUGGCUCUUCCUGAGAACUGACCUUACAAACUCCAUAGUUUGGCUUUCUGGAGAGAAGGGCAGGAGCCUGAACUGGGACUGAACUUAGUCAUACACACAUCCAUCCUCUCCUCAGAUCCUCUCCCUGGUGUUCUGUGUCCUAUUACCAGUAAAAAGAACAGCACCUGGGCUCCCCAUGCAUGUGGAUAGCUGUAUAUGGACAGAGAGCAGAGGAAUAGCUCUCCACCCUGGGAUAAGAGUCUUCUGUGCCAUGGCAUGAAGAUUGGCCCUCAAGUUCAGACUUCUGUUCCCUGCUCUCAGCUGGAACUGGACCACAAGAGCCAACGAAAAGAUGUAAAACAGUAAUGCCCAUCUCAGACUGAUGGCUACCAGUCACAAAGCUGGCACAGGGGACAUAUCAGCUGCCUGGAUGGGUUCCGGGGCUGAUCUUCAUUACUGUGCAAACCUGACUAAGACUCCGUGCCUCAGUUUCUCUAGAGAGGCACUGAGGAACAAGUACUUGUUAUAUGUAAAACACUCUGGAUUUUUUUCAUGAAAGAAACUAACUCAGACUGUAUUUUUUGCA